AUGACAACGCUAUCGAGGUCCAUUGCACAUGGUUUUGUGCGCAGCACUGGCGCGGGUGUGAGGCCCAGGUUCAAUCCCCACGGUCAAGCUUUCCCAUCAAUCUGCUUUCCAUGCAGGCGUAGACUCUUCUCCAAUGGAGUAAUCCAAGAAAACGACCUGGUUCUGUUGAGGCGCAUAGAUAGCCCGGGUACGAACCCAGUUCUUUCGCAACGCCUAAAACCCAAUGGAAGGGUCGAGCUUCAGAGGGACUAUAUCCCGCACGAGAGGAUUAUUAAUCAAUCACUACGAGAUGUGGUGAAAACGAGGAAAGGAAAGGAGUAUCGAGUGUACCAGCCAUCGCUCGGGCAGUAUACAGACUUUACUCCCAGACUGGUAACACCGGUAUAUUCCCAGGAUGCUCAUGCCAUAUUGGCUUUACUGGACCUCCACCCAACCACACCCGGCUCGACUGACGCCACUAAUACCGACAGACUCGAGAUAUUUGAGGCUGGGACCGGCCACGGUGCCUUAACGCUGCACUUGGCACGAGCCAUACACGCUGCUAAUACCACUCCGCCAACGAUUCCAGACAAUGAAGACGUCUCACCGCUCGCUGAAGGUGGUGGGAGUGUCGCGAUGAAUGAGUUGGCUGCGGCAGAAAGGAGUGGGCAAGAAACAUACCGAGCAUGGCGAGCAUCUCGCAGAGCGGUCAUCCAUUCCCUCGACUCCUCCUCACGCCACUCCGCGCAUGCUGAAAGAGUCGUCAAGAACUUCCGGAAUGGAAUGUAUUUCCACAACAUCGAUUUCCAUGUCGGCAGCAUCAACGAAUAUCUCUCCGAGCGGCUAACAGAAAACGGCGGAGUUCCAUUUCUUGACCAUGCCAUACUCGACCUUCCAGGCUGCGGUGACUACUUUGAGAUCGCUUCAGCGGCCCUAAAACCAAAUGGUUCGUUGCUUGUAUUUUGCCCAAGCAUUACACAAAUCAAUUCUUGUGUUCUUGAUAGCAAAAAGAACGGUUUCCCAUUAUUCCUAGAAACUGUGGUAGAGCUGGGCACCGGAGCAGGAGUAGGAGGCAGGGAAUGGGACGUUCGACAAGUUAGACCUCGAGCAUACGUCAAAGCCCAGGCCGAGGCAGCCAAGGUAGACCAACCGCAGCAAAAUGAUAUGGCCGCGGCGGAUGAAGUAGUGGCGGGUGUACAUCCACAUGAACCAGCAGCAAAACUCAAUUCAGAUGGCUGGGAACUGAUAUGCAGGCCGAAAGUCGGAGAACGAGUUUCUGGUGGAGGGUUUCUCGGGCUAUGGCGCAAAAUGUGCUUUGGCCAAAAGCUUCCGUCCGAGAAGCCGGAAGUGGAUAAUCCUACUGAGAUGUAA